UCAUGUUCUCACUGGGAGCUCCACUAGCAGAACAAAAUGCUCCGCUGGCCGCAGGAACAGCCGUAACUGGUCUCCAACAGGCUCCUCUUCAGUUUGUGGAAGUCUGACGAUCAUCAGUCAAACCAUGAGAGGCAUCCUGAAGAGAAAGUUUGCAGAGGUAGAGAAAUACUCCAGCUCUUCCUCUUCUCCUUCCUCUCUCUCCUCCUCAAACUGGGAGUCCGAUGGGGAGGGGAGCUCAUCAGAGAACCAGGAUUUCCCCCCUCACAGUCCCGCCUCGCUCUCCGCCCUGCCCAACGAGUCCAUCCUGAAGAGGCCCGGGCGUAGUAAAACGCAGAGCACUGUGCGCUUCGACCAGGUGGAGGUGUACAGGUUCCCCCGCUGCCAGGGCUUCAGCAGCGUCCCCAGCCGAGGAGGGGCCACCCUCGGCAUGGUGCGCGGUCACAGCGCCCUCCGGCGGUAUACGGUGGCGGAACACGCCUCCGAGCAACGGCUCAGGCGCCAAGAGAGGCACAGAGAACGACAGAGACAGAAGAGGUUCGAGGCGCUGAAACGUAAACUGAUCGUCAGCGGAGCUGCUGGGCAGCACGACGCAGACGGGCUCGCCGUGGAUCAGCUUCUAAAUGAGGAGGCAGAGAUCCAUGUUACCGACUCGGACCUGGAGGACGGAGGCUUCCUUCGACCCGUCUCCUCCAGACAGCGACAGGCGCUCCUGCAGGCGGCGGGGGUGAAGGUGAUCGACAAGGAGGAGAGGCGGCAGCUUCACGGGCUGCGGCUCUCCAGGGAGGCGUGCGGGUGUGACUGUCAGGGCUUCUGUGAGCCGGAGAGCUGCGCCUGCAGCCUGGCAGGCAUCAAGUGCCAGGUUGACCGGUUCAGCUUCCCCUGUGGAUGCACGAAGGACAGCUGUGGAAACGCACAAGGCCGCUUCCAGUUUGACGCCCGGCGCGUGCAGACCCACUACAUCCAUACGCUGAUGAGGCUCGACCUGGAGCAGCGACUGCACCGCGAAACACUGAACCCAGAGGACCAGGCAGAACUUCCAGAGGAGCUCCAAGAAUUCAGAACCCAGGAUGAAGUCCGCCCCGAUCAGAGUGCGCAGGAAAAGAGGUGUCCCUUUGCCUAUUCCUCGGAGGAGGACAGCCUUCCUCUCACCAUGCCGGCUCCUCCAUCCUUCCACUGCGUCCCUGAGCGGCUGCUUGAGGAGAGCAGCUGCAGCAGCGACACGUCUGACUCCUCCUGCUCCUCCUCUGACUCGGACACCGGAGCAUUUCUCCGAGAGGCUCCACCUGAAGCCGACUCCAGGAACUGCUUCACACGCAGCCACCUGAGGCCCGUCAGAGAGCCGCCGACCUCUGACCCUCACACCACGACCUCUGACAGUACGAGACCACGAGCCGCCGUCACAGACAGCAUGGGUCUGAGCGGCACAUACCUUGACGAGAACGCUAAUCAGUCCACAGACUUUUUCGAGGACGGUUCUCUGGAGGACUUCCCCCACACCCCAUCCCCCACCGUGGACUUCUCCAGCAGAUACGUGGACCUGAGCCUCUCGUCCGACUCGGACCUGGAGUUCUUCCACAGGGACUACCCCUGCGGCCCCCUGCACAGCUCGUUUAAAGAGCACAGACACUCGGACAGCGUUCAGCUCUUCCAGCUGUUCAGCUCUGUUCGUUUACCACAGCAGGAGUCCAGCACCCACCUCCUGGAGUCCAGCACCCACCUCCUGGAGUCCAGCACCCACCUCCUGGAGUCUCUGAUGGGCCUGUCUGAACCCGGCUCCGAGCACAUUUAUUCAGUCACAGACACGCAGCUUUUAUAGCUGCAGGGAUUCAAAAAUGUGUUCAAGAAACUGAAAGUAAAAAAAGUGCUUUUAUAUAUUUGUUAUAUUUCAAUGUGUAAAUCAUGUGUGAAAGCCUAAUUUUUUAUUUUAUAAAUAUUAUUUUCUGAGAGAAACCACACGUGAGUAAGUCAUGUGACUUUUUAUUUUCAAUGAUUAACAUUUAACUGCAGUAGAUUGAAUUAAUGAUUUUUUACAAAGGUUUACCCAAAGUCAGUAAAAG